GCACUGGCCGUCGAUAUGCUCGCGCUGGACCAUCGCCUCGCUCCUGACACUCCUGCAUCCCUGUCCACCAAUCAGCGCCACGGCACCGUCCCGCCCCUCCCGACUCCUCGAGGACACGUGAUCUGAAGCGGUCUGGAAACCUGCCGCUUGCCUUCAGUGCGUUAUUGUGGUUCACAGGUACAGAGGAAUGGCCCUCCGCGAGACUCUGACAAACUCACGGCUCUGCGCGAGCGCACGGACUGAGGACGCAGGACAGUCUCUCUAACCGGCGCUUCGGUGGAUGUUGUAACUUCGGCAUGUCACUCGAAUGGGAUAUAUGAUUUUUGCCCCAUUUGUGGUUCUCAAGCCCCCCUUUGCGUCUUUUUAUUUUUGCCUUGCUUUCUGAGCAUCUCGCUUACCCACUUCCCUCCCGAUACCAUCCCCUCCCCUGUCAUCGCACCCAGACCUCUCUCAUUCCGCAUCUGCACCCUCUCGCUUCGGGCGGAUCCUCGCUCUGGUCAUCCAGAAACAACUGCUCCAUGGGGCACACUCCCUCCGUCGGAAAAUGUCCCUUACUUGGCAUCUAAGCGCACCGGCAAAGUUGACAACAUUGGGACACGGGCAGUCGUUGCGCGUCUGUGAGCAGUGUUGGGGGAACUGAGAUGGGUGUCUCGGUGGCGGCGGCCCUACACGAGCCCCGAAGUCCGCACCAGUGGAGCCGGAUAGUGGGACACUGGGUAUGGAUUGCAGUCUUGUCCUUUCUCGCCACUUUCCCGGUGCAACAACUUGGCGCGUUCCCGUCCUCUCUCAGCGACUGUCAGACUCCAACUGGAUGGAACUGCUCGGGGGAUGAUGACCGGGACACGGAUCUCUUCCUUUGUGACACCAAUACUUGCAAGUUUGACGGCGAAUGUCUCAGAAUCGGGGAUAUAAUAACAUGUAUAUGCAACUUCAAGUGCAACAAUGAUUACGUUCCUGUGUGUGGCUCCAACAAUGAAAACUAUGAAAAUGAGUGUUUUCUGCGGAGAGAUGCCUGCAAGCAGCAGACUGAGAUCCUGGUGGUGUCUGAAGGAUCCUGUCCAGCAGAUGCUGGUUCGGGAUCAGGAGAUGAAGCAGGGAAUGAGGGUUCAGCGGAGAAUGGACAGAAGGAGACGUCCACCUGUGACAUUUGCCAGUUCGGGGCAGAGUGUGACGUGGAUGCAGAAGAUGUCUGGUGCGUGUGUAACAUCGACUGCUCCCACAUCAGUUUUAACCCUGUGUGCGCAUCAGACGGCCGUUCAUAUGACAACCCGUGCCAGGUAAAAGAGGCAUCAUGUCAGCGGCAAGAGCGAAUAGAGGUCAAGUUCCUGGGUCACUGUCAGGGCGACAUGAUUACAGGCACCAAAGCAGGAGAUGGACAGUAUGCCAGAACAGACUACACAGAGGAGAAGCCAGAGGUUUCGGAGGUGGCGAGGGGUCUGUACAUCCCCUGCCCUGAGCACUACAAAAACUAUUGUGUUCAUGGAGACUGUGAAUAUCCCAACAUGCUCUCAACACCUUCCUGCAGCUGUCACUCAGGAUUCAGCGGGCCGCAGUGUGACACUAAGGAGUAUAAUGUGCUGUAUGUGGUGCCGGGCUCUGGAAAGCUCCGCUAUGUCCUCAUCGCGUCCGUCAUUGGGGCUCUGCAGGUGGCCAUCAUAUGUGUAGUGGUGCUGUGUAUCACCCGGAAGUGCCCGCGGACCAACAGAAUCAACCGACAGAAGCAGAACACAAUGCACUACAACUCUGAAAACACCCUCCGCGCCUCCACCCGCCUCAUCUGAGAGAGCAGAGAAACAGGAGAAACAGCGUGGUGUGGAGGACAGGAAAUAAAGAUGAAACAAACUGUCUCUCCGUCCCCACAGAGACACUGCAUCCUGCACACGGUAGGAGAUGGUGGAGGACGAGGGGAUCUACACACGAUGCCUUGCACCUGUGGCACAGGACACUAACAGAGAAUUUUAGGACACCGUGAUAGGACAAGUCCUGUUAUUUGGUUAUGUAUGGGUAAUAUUUCCAAUAGUUAAUUUGUUUGUCUUGAUGGGGUCCUUUUUCUGUAAUGUAAAUAAAUAAUUUAUAUCAGAAA